UUAUGCCUCUCAAUCUUCCUCCUUAUAGAAUCUUUUGAUAAAUAGUAGGAUGUUGAUUUACGGUACAGAUUUUGUAUUGUGUACAACAUGGCGGCGAAUGAGAAUUUUGAAGACCACCGACGUAAAUGGGACCGAGAUGAAUACGAACGCUUGGCUGCUGAGAGAAUUCAGGAGGAACUGGAUGCCCAAGAGAAAGCAAAGCAGAAACAGCCACCUGUCAAACGUGAAUUGCUUCGCCAAAGGGACUAUAGAGUAGAUCUUGAGUCAAAACUUGGGAAGAGUGUAGUAAUUACAAAAAAUACACCUUCAUCACAAACUGGAGGAUACUAUUGCAAUGUUUGUGACUGUGUUGUGAAGGAUUCCAUAAACUUUCUGGACCACAUCAAUGGAAAGAAACAUCAACGUAACCUGGGUAUGUCAAUGCAUGUUGAAAGAUCAUCACUUGACCAAGUGAAGAAACGUUUUGAAAGCAACAAGAAAAAGAUUGAAGAAAAGAAGAAAGAUUAUGACAUUGAGCAGAGGAUGAAGGAAUUAAGGGAAGAGGAAGAAAAGCUGAAGGAAUAUCGAAAAGAAAAGCGUAAGGAGAGGAAGCGUAAACUUGAGGAGGAAAGUGAAACUCAGAAUGAAACUGAAUCUGAACUUGCUUCUGUUAUGGGAUUUUCUGGUUUUGGAUCAUCAAAGAAGUAGCAGAAUUUCUUUUUAUUUCUUUUUUUAUUAUUCGAAUGCAUAAAGCAGGAGAAUUUUGUACGAAGACGUGAAACUUGUAUCAAUAGUGCUGUACAUUGGUAUUAACUAAGCUGUCAGUAGGUACACUUGUAACAUAUUUCUGAAUAAAUAUGAAUUAAUAACAGUAA